CAUUCAUGCAAUUCUCGCCAAUUUCAUUUGCUAAACCGUUCUUUCUGAACUACUACAUACAAAACCCUAUCACUUCCCAUCCGCCGUUCCUUCGUUCGUUGUUAUCACUUGUUUUUUAUUACCGCAUUUACCUGCGGAUUUUCCGCUCUUUCUCUCUCGUCAUCUUCACCUGGUGGUGUUGGUGUUCUUUUCAGUUACUACUUCCUCUCCCAAUCUCUCUCUCUCCAUCCCUCUUUCUCUCUCCUCCUCCUCCUCGACCAAAAUCUGUAUGGUGACAUUUGUUUUCGGUGCUUAGAUUUGUGUUCUCCGUCAGGUUUCCCUUCGUUUUCCGUUCUCUCUUUCGAUCCUUCUUCUUCUGAGAGGUCGGUGUGGGGAUUUGGGUAGUUUGUAAGGGUGAGUUAGGGACUCGUUCUUUUUGCUCAGAUCUCUUCUGCUUCUUUUGAGGGGGUAGCCGGGGCUCCGGCCUCGGCGGGUUCUAAAGCCCCCACCUUUACACCAGAAAUUACAAAAAUACACACCUCAAUUUUUUAAUUCUUUUUUUCCUCCCAAAGAUAAAAAAACAGAUCGGGGAAGAGAGAAAAGAGAGAAGACAUGCCUGCCGUCGCGUGUUUCGCAGACGCCGCCGUGGCUCCUCCUCCAGGCUACUCUUUCGCCUGGGAUAACAGCCCCGCCUCUCUUCCCGCGCCGGAGCCAUUCUCCGGCGUACCUCCACCGGCAAACACCACUAUCGCCGCCGUCGAUAGCGCCGUCUGGUCCCCGUCGGACUCCGCCGCCCUCUACAAGGUCGACAAAUGGGGCGCCCCCUACUUCGCCGUCAACAACUCCGGCGACAUCUCCGUCAGGCCGUACGGAACGGCCACGCUGCCUCACCAGGAGAUCGACCUCUUAAAGGUCGUGAAAAAGGCUUCGGAUCCGGAUUCCUCAGGCGGACUCGGGUUACAGCUCCCGCUCGUCGUCCGGUUCCCUGACAUCCUCAAAAACCGCCUCGAAUCCCUCCAGACAGCCUUCGAUUUGGCAAUCCAAUCGCAAGGCUAUGAUUCUCAUUACCAGGGUGUUUACCCCGUGAAAUGCAACCAGGACAGGUUUGUUGUGGAAGACAUCGUGAAAUUCGGAUCCGGCUUCCGGUUCGGUUUGGAGGCCGGGUCCAAACCGGAGCUACUCCUAGCCAUGAGCUGUCUCUGCAACGGGAGCGCCGAAGCUCUGCUGGUCUGCAACGGUUUCAAAGACGCUGAGUACAUUUCUCUUGCUUUGAUUGGAAGGAAAUUGUCCUUGAACACAGUGAUUGUGCUUGAGCAAGAGGAAGAGCUUGAUCUGGUGAUCGACAUGAGCAGGAAGCUCGCCGUCCGACCGGUAAUCGGACUCCGAGCGAAGCUCCGGACGAAACACUCCGGCCAUUUCGGAUCAACUUCGGGCGAGAAAGGCAAAUUCGGACUCACGACGACUCAGAUUCUUCGUGUGGUGAAAAAGCUCGAAAAAUUCAGUAUGUUAGAUUGCUUACAGUUGCUGCAUUUCCACAUCGGGUCUCAGAUACCUACGACGGCCUUGCUCGCCGACGGCGUGGGCGAAGCCGCUCAGCUCUACUGCGAGCUGGUCCGCCUCGGCGCCUCCAUGAAAGUCAUCGACAUCGGAGGAGGCCUAGGAAUCGAUUACGACGGCUCGAAGUCGACCGACUCCGAUAUCUCCGUCAGUUACGGCCUGGACGAGUACGCCACGGCCGUUGUUAAGGCCGUCAGUUUUGUUUGUGGACGUAAACAGAUAAAGCAUCCCGUGAUCUGCAGCGAAAGCGGCCGAGCAAUCGUCUCUCACCACUCGAUUUUGGUCUUCGAGGCCGUGUCAGCUACUUCACGCGAGGCACCUGUUAUGAGUCAACUCACUUUACAUUACUUCGUCGAGGGACUCGCGGAGGAGGCACGUGCUGAUUACGGGAACUUAUCCGCUGCGGCCAUCCGCGGCGAGAACGAGACGUGCUUGAUCUACGCCGAUCAGCUUAAGCAGAGAUGCGUUGAGCAGUUCAAAGAAGGGAACUUGGGCAUCGAACAGCUCGCCGCUGUCGACGGCCUGUGCGAUUUCGUGUCCAAGGCGGCGGGAGCAGCUGAUCCAGUCCGCACGUACAAUGUUAACUUAUCGGUGUUCACUUCCAUCCCUGAUUUCUGGGGGAUUGAGCAGCUUUUCCCUAUCGUUCCGAUUCACAAGCUGGAUCAGAGGCCGGGGGCACGUGGCAUCCUCUCGGAUUUAACUUGCGACAGUGACGGGAAGAUUGACAAGUUCAUAGGCGGAGAAUCGAGCUUGCCGCUGCACGAUUUGGAAGGCAGCGGGGGUUACUAUCUGGGGAUGUUCUUGGGCGGGGCGUAUCAGGAAGCCCUAGGGGGAGUCCAUAACCUGUUCGGAGGCCCGAGCGUGGUCCGCGUGUCGCAGAGCGAUGGGCCGCAUAGCUUUGCGGUGACCCGGGCCGUGCCUGGGCCUUCGUGCGGGGACGUGCUGAGGGUGAUGCAGCACGAGCCGGAGCUCAUGUUUGAGAUGCUCAAGCACCGGAUUGAGGAGUUUGUGCAGAGUAACGAGGAUGGGUUGGCUCUUGCUAAUGGGAUUGCUAGUUCGUUCCACAACAUGCCUUACCUUGUUGCCGGUUCUUCGUCCUGCUGUUUGACUGCUGCUGCCAAUGGUGGAAAUGGGUAUUAUUAUUGCAACGGCGAUGAGUACGGUGGUGGUGCUGAUUCUGCUGCUGCUGCCGGUGAGGAUGAGCAGUGGACCUAUUGCUGUGCUUGAGACUAGGGGGUCUUUAGUGGUGUUUGUCGUGGAGGUCGUCUGUUUUUUUAAUUUGGUCUUUUUGUUAAAUUCUGUUUUAGUAGUUGUUUUGUUCAUUUCUCUCCUUUUUAGUUGGUGAUGAACAAGAUGUUAAGAAGCAGGACAAGUAUCUCUUGCAUUUUCUGAUGGAGAAAAUGGGGACGUGACCGAAAUCUGUCUGUGUAUUCGGUAUCGAAUUCCCUUCUCUGUAUGUUUUUUUUCCCUUAAUUAAUGACAAUUUCUCCUUGAUUCA